UGUAGACAAGGGCUACAGGCUACAUUUAGUGAACUUCAAUAGCAGAGUCUGUAGAAGGGCCUUUCUUGGGGAGGAGGGAGGGGAACGAUGGAUUAGUGUUAGGGUUUCGUUUCAAACACGGAUAGUAAGGUCUUUAUUGGGGUUGUAUAAUUAACAGCAGUGGCGAGUACCCUUACUUACCCCGGUUCAAUAAAAUUUUCCCAUAGAGAUUUGUGAUAAAGCAAUGACCAAGUAUUUGAAUUUUAUGGUAAUUUUUUAUUACUAAUUACCGACUCAAUUUAAAAUAUAAGGUGGGAAACGUUUUGUGUUUACGCAAUUUCUAACAGGAACUAUGAAUGUAUAACAAAAGUGUUUGAUCACAUUAAUUACAGGCAUGAUUAGUUUGAAACAUGCAUAAGCUAAAAUAUUCCAUCUCCAAGUGUGCAUAUAUCUUAAAAUGGCUAAAUUGAGUUGUAUGACUUCUUAUUUCUUCUGGUAGAAGAAAAGAUCUACGAUAAUGGAAUGAAUUGUUGUGUACAUUUAUGUAUAAUGCCUGCUUUCUUUCCCCCAAUGUGCUAUUCUUGACAUUUUGGAACGAUUGUUACGGUGGGUUCUUGGGCAUGAAAAGUUCUGCUACAACCCCCUUUUAUUGCUGAAAAUUUGCCCCCUUCUGUGGGCGGCACUCCUUUUUAUGCAUUGUAGCUGUAUGUUGAUGGAAGAACGAAGCAGACACAGAUUGACAUUACAGUAUUUUGCUACUGUCAGUAAUUAUAAAUAGAGUCACGUUUGUAACUGAUGAUUUCAUUUUCGCGAAAAUGAAACGCAUUACAAAAUUACUGGACAAGAACGUAUUCUAGUUAAGAUAACCAUUACUAUUAGGGAAAAACAGUGAUGCGUGGGUGUUCUUGGCCCCUUUAUUGCCCUUCAACAAUUCUUGCCUAUUCUUGUUACUCUAGCCCAAUUUGUGGCAUUUUGCCAUAUUUGUUACUAAAUCGUCUCACAUAGCAGUAAAAUUCUUGUUACUUUCGGCAAUCCCUGUUUAAAAAUCUAUGGUUAUUGCACCGCAACAUUCAUGUAUAAUGCGCGAAUCUUAUGACCCGUUUACUUUUCCCCAAUCUGCUAUUCUUGAUAUUUUGGAACGAUUGUUAACCGCCCCCUUUUACUGCUGAAAAUUUGCCCCCUUCUGUGAGCGACACUCCUUUCUAUGCAUUGUAGCUGUAUGUUGAUGGAAGAACGAAGCAUACACAGAUUGAUAUUACAGUAUUUUGCUACUGUCAGUAAUUAUAAAUAGUGUCACGUUUGUAACUGAUGAUUUCAUUUUCGCGAAAAUGGAAUGCAUUACAAAAUUACUGGACAAGAACGUUGCGAAAUAGCUGACAUCUUGAAUCCUUUCUUGACCUUUCCUCUUUCCAAGUGUAGAANUUGCCAUAUUUGUUACUAAAUCGUCUCACAUAGCAGUAAAAUUCUUGUUACUUUCGGCAAUCCCUGUUUAAAAAUCUAUGGUUAUUGCACCGCAACAUUCAUGUAUAAUGCGCGAAUCUUAUGACCCGUUUACUUUUCCCCAAUCUGCUAUUCUUGAUAUUUUGGAACGAUUGUUAACCGCCCCCUUUUACUGCUGAAAAUUUGCCCCCUUCUGUGAGCGACACUCCUUUCUAUGCAUUGUAGCUGUAUGUUGAUGGAAGAACGAAGCAUACACAGAUUGAUAUUACAGUAUUUUGCUACUGUCAGUAAUUAUAAAUAGUGUCACGUUUGUAACUGAUGAUUUCAUUUUCGCGAAAAUGGAAUGCAUUACAAAAUUACUGGACAAGAACGUUGCGAAAUAGCUGACAUCUUGAAUCCUUUCUUGACCUUUCCUCUUUCCAAGUGUAGAAUUUGUGAAAUUUGUUAUUCUUUCUAUUUUUGCCAUAAUUGUUGCUUGAUCUUUUCACAUAGCAGGGAAACUUUUUUGUUACUUUUGCGAUUUUUGCGAAAUUUGCAGACUAACGGAAUCCCUUCUUGACCUUUCCUCUUUCCAAGUGUAGAAUUUUGUGAAAUUUGUUAUUCUUUCUAUUUUUGCCAUAUUUGUUGCUCAAUCUUUUCACAUAGCGUGAAAAAUUCUUGUUACUUUUGCGAUUUUUGCGAAAUUUGCGGACUCUCUGAAACCCCUCUUGACCUUUCCACUUUCCAAGUGUAGAAUUUUGUGAAAUUUGUUAUUCUUGCUAUUUUUGCCAUACUUGUUGCUUAAUCCUUUCACAUAGCAGGGAAACUUCUUGUUACUUUUGCGAUUUUUGCGAAAUUUGCAGACUAACGGAAGCCCUUCUUGACCUUUCCUCUUUCCAAGUGUAGAAUUUUGUGAAAUUUGUUAUUCUUGCUAUUUUUGCCAUAUUUGUUGCUCAAAAUUUUCACAUAGGAAGAAAAAUUCUUGUUACUUUUGCGAUUUUUGCGACAUUUGCGGACAUCUCAAAGCCCUUCUUGACCUUUUCUCUUUCUAAGUGUAGUAUUUCGUUAAAUUUGUUAUUCUUGCUAUUUUUGCCAUAUUUGUUGCUCAAAAUUUUCGCAUAGGAAGAAAAAUUCUUGUUACUUUUGCGAUUUUUGCGACAUUUGCGGACAUCUCGAAGCCCUUCUUGACCUUUUCUCUUUGUAAGUGUGGUAUUUCGUUAAAUUUGUUAUUCUUGCUAUUUUUGCCAUAUUUGUUGGUCAAAAUUUUCACAUAGGAAGAAAAAUUCUUGUUACUUUUGCGAUUUUUGCAAAAUUUGCGGACAUCUCGAAGCCCUUCUUGACCUUUUCUCUAUCUAAGUGUCGAAUUUUGUGAAAUUUGUUAUUCUUGCUAUUUUUACCAUAUUUGUUGCUCAGUCGUUUCACAUAGAAUGAAACAUUCUUGUUACUUUUGCGAUUUUUGCGAAAUUUGCGGACAUCUCGAAGCCGUUCUUGACUUUUCCUCUUUCCAAGUGUAGAAUUUUGUGAAAUUUGUGGUUCUUGCUAUUUUUGCCAUAUUUGUUGCUCAAGAUUUUCACAUAGGAAGAAAAAUUCUUGUUACUUUUGCGAUUUUUGGGAAAUUUGCGGACAUCUCGAAGCCCUUCUUGACCUUUUCUCUUUCUAAGUGUAGUAUUUCGCUAAAUUUGUUAUUCUUGCUAUUUUUGCUACAUUUGUUACUCAAUCUUUUCACUUAGCAAGGAAAAUUCCCGUUACUUUUGCGAUUUUUGCGAAAUUUGCUAUUUCUUCUAUAUUUUUCUGAUAGCAGUUUUCUUUAAAUCUUUUUUGCUAAAAUUGCGAAUACAAGUUGCAAAUUUUUGCUAACAAGAUCGAUCCUGGACAUAAGAUGGAGACUCGCUCCGGCGCGAAAGUCGCCCCGAUGUCAUGUAAACACCCCCUUAAUUUCACUUCCCACGUUCACCAAACUAUUUUGAAUAACGCAACAAUUAUUGCAUGCAACAACAACUAUAACCAAUUAUGUUUUCUGGAAUCUUUAUUAAUUAAGAGGUACAUACCUCAACUUAACUACGGCAUCAUAGCUGCCAAGAGCCUGUAUUGUUUUAGCUUUAAGUUUAAUUUGAAUUUCAGCAUUUUUGUUAUACUUUCCUCCACAUUCUUGUCACAAUUAUUGCUUUGUUAAUACUCAGUCAUACCUUUGUGGCUAGCUCUCUUUAUAAGUUCAGCGCUUUUCCAUCUUGUAUUUCACGUUUGAUAAUGGUCUUGAAAUAAAAACCGAAAUAUUCCGUUUAUUUAUUUUGUGUCAAUUCUUGAUUAUACCGGCUUAAAUUUUAAGUUAGGAAGAUAUUUUUCGGAGUUGUUUUUGUAUUAUAUUUUCUUCAUUUGUCGGCUGGCAAAGGUUUCUGGUUCAUUGUUAGUCCUUUACUUUCGUUAAAAAAAUACAGCGAGAACAGAAAAAAAAUUGAGUGAUUCCAUCAUGAGCCACCUAUGGAUAUCUCUUUGUUUGAAACAAGUUCACUAUGAAAAGCAGUUUUGAUUGGCCUUAACGAAUAUUCUACUCUAAAGGGUUUGAUAACCUUAUUACGAAUUGAACAAGAAGCACUGUGGAUCACACUGAUUUUUAUCCAGUGGUUACACCUUUCGUACAACUGGACACUGUACUUUAGCCAGUACAGUUAUACUGUGUCGUGACAUGGAUAUUUUAACGCGCGCUAUGAAUUUUCUCUUUGCUUUUAUUAACUAGAUGGGUGCACUUUGAGAAGGUCAUUAACGCUUUACUUUCCAAGCCAGUUUAUUACCUGAGUAUAACGAAGCUACGGACCCAUGCCAAGGAAAAGUGCUUCAUCGAUGAUGAGGAAGGGUUUACCACCAUGGUGAAUUUCUAUCAUGACCUAGGAAUAAUUAUCAAGCACCGUAGCACAGUCAUCUUGAGUGCCAAGUGGCUGAUAGACUUGUUCGGGCAGUUGAUCACUAUUCCAGACUUAAAGAAAAUUGUAAGAUAUAGAUAA